CUAGCCGGGGAAACUACCGCGUUACAAAACCAACGUAGCUCUUUUCUGGGCAAGAGGAGGGCUGCUGCUCGAUCGAGAGCGGCAUGCGUGCCCCCCCCCCCCCGGCCAGCUCGGUGCAUCCUCUCCGGUGGGCUUAGUUCAGAAGUAAGUCGCCAUUGACUUUAAUCGGGCUGGCUCUCAAGCAGAUGCAGAGAAUGGCAGCCGAGGAGGCCGAUCCUGUGCACGUUUACUCCGGAGUAAAGUCUCCUGAAGGCAAAAGGGAUGACUCCCAGAAUUGCAGACGACUUUGUGAGUCUGGAAUUUCCCCCCCAAUGAGAUGCAUGACAAGAGGGAAGCUCAUCUUUUAAGUUUGUUAAGCGGAGGACCGUUUUUAUUUUACUUCUUUUUCAGAUCCAAGAAUGGACAUUAUAGCCUAUGAUGAUUUCUCCAAUCCACCGCUUCAGAGAUAUUGAGAGGAAACCAGAAUACCUCCAGCCAGACAAGUGUGUUCCACCUCCUACCCGCAGUUCCUCAGGAACAAUGUGGUUUAUUCGAGAUGGCUGUGGUAUCGCCUGUGCGGUCAUCACCUGGUUUCUGGUCUUCUAUGCUGACUUUGUAGUCCUCUUUGUUAUGCUGAUUCCGUCAAGAGACUAUAUUUACAGUUCAAUCAAUGGAGUAGUUUUCCACGCACUGGCAUUCAUGGCCCUGGCUUCGCAUCUUCGAGCGAUGAUAACAGACCCAGGUGCAGUGCCCAAAGGGAAUGCUACAAAAGAGUUCAUAGAGAGUUUACAGCUGAAACCAGGGCAAGUAGUUUACAAGUGUCCCAAAUGCUGUAGCAUCAAACCUGAUAGAGCGCAUCACUGCAGUGUUUGCAAGAGAUGUAUUCGAAAAAUGGAUCACCACUGUCCGUGGGUUAACAACUGUGUAGGAGAGAAUAACCAGAAGUACUUUGUACUGUUUACAAUGUAUAUAGCACUGAUAUCGCUGCAUGCCCUGAUCAUGGUUGGAUUUCACUUCCUGUAUUGUUUUGAAGAAGACUGGACAAAGUGCAGUUCUUUCUCUCCACCGACUACUGUGAUCCUUCUUAUUCUCUUGUGUUUCGAGGCUCUCCUCUUUCUCAUCUUCACAUCUGUAAUGUUUGGAACACAAGUACAUUCCAUCUGUACUGAUGAAACGGGCAUUGAACGGCUUAAAAAGCAGGAGCCCACAUGGGAAAAAGUCGUCGGCUGGGAAGGGAUGAAACUGGCUUUUGGGGGUGAAUUUUCCCUGCGGUGGUGCAGUCCUUGCUCGGACCUGGGUUGUGAGACGGCCCCACCAUCAGGGACAGCAACGGUUGCGCCGUCUGAGAGGGCAGCUCAGGAAGCUUUUGAGCAGCUUUCUGAUCAAGAGUUUGUUGUGCAAGUGUGUUAAAGGAAUAAUGCUGAGUGGCCUUAACAAUGCCUGCAUACUUUUGGAAUCUGUGCACUUGAGACUUAGCUUUAAGAAACCAUGAUGCAUGAAGCCACUAAGGCUGCAGUGUUCCCUGUAGCCAUGGACCAUAAUAAAAUAAAGCAAUGCGACUGGAUUCCCAUGAUGUCCAUCUACUAAUGAUGACAACAGCUUAACUGAGCUACUGUAACCAUCUUAUGAAACGUAAAGUGCUUGUAAAGUUAAUGAUUCCUUUCUAAAGGUAGGCAAUAACUAUGUUGUUUCCCAGGAGAACUCAAGAGCUUAGUACAUCUCUCACUGGUCCAUUUGAGGUUUUGUUUGUCUCUCAUGGAAUGCAGAGAUUGGCCAAGUAAAGUCAAGACAAGUAUAAAACUUCAGGUUCAGCCAUGUGAUUCUGAGAGACCAGAGAAAUCCUUUUUAUUCUCACUCCAUUAAUUGAGAAGCUUUUGGUUUACCUAGCAGUCCCCUGGGAAGUAUUAAUGUGCUAGAAAUUGUUGAUUUUCUUACCAAUUAACAGACCAGUUUUAAUCAGAAGAACUACAAAGAUUAGGUGCAAUGACCAUUUUCUAGCCAAACCAGCAUUUUGAAUAUCAGUGAGUAUUUAUUAUAGAUAGUAAUUGUGAUAUACUCUAUAAUGUUCUGGUAGUGGUAGGUAAAAGUCAGAUUUGGGGUGUUGAUCUUUGAACGGUUGAUCAAUAAUUUCAGUGUCUUGAUGCUGAUCAAUAAUUUCCACAUCUUACAGGUUUGUAGCCCGUUUGGUACAGUCUUUAGAAUUCUGAUGGUGGUGCUGCAAUCAGUGGCUGUAGCCAUAGAAUAAGCUUUAAAGUUCCCAUGUAGCUUUUUGGAAAACAGCUGUCUAAUGGAAAACAUGUUUAUCUCUGAGGCAUGACUGAUGAAUGCUUAUGAGGCACAGCCAUGACCAAGCGCUCCUGCGUACCUCCAAAGGGGACCAAUUAAUCUCAGUAUCAAGGACACCCUGCAUUCCCGAGAAAUUCUUGGGAAAUGAGGAUAUCUCGGAAAAUGAGGAUAUGUGUGGAAAUAAAUAUCUCCAUUUUACAUGAGUGGAUUUUUCAACUUCUUCCUUAAUGCUGGGUGUUCUUCUAUACGCUGUCAAACAAGAUGUAUUUGUGCCUUUAAGCUGCUUACCAGAUGGUUGUUCACCAGUAGGCCUAUUUAGCACAUCAGCUGCCACAUGUGUGAGACAGGCCAGGAUUGAAAGACCUGUUACUCUAUUACGAGGCCUUGUGUUUGGUUUUCUCAAUCAUCAGCCUUUCUUUUCUCUCACGUUUCUUACUUGGCUAACUGAAGAGAGCAUCAAAAACAGUUUGGGUAAUACAACAUCAAGUAAAAGGGUGUAUAUUACUGUCAUUGGGGGUGGGGGGUUGGGAUCUGAUUUAAAUUCCACUGGGUGCUCCUGCAGUAAUCCUUUCAGUCUUAGCCUACAUAUUGCCCUGAGAACUUAAACUUAUAAAAUUUUAAAAUUUAGUUUAUUAAGAAUAUGGAACCAUAGCCUCUUGAAAGGCUGACGGCUACUUCUGUCUUUCAUGGAAGAAGCUAAAAAGCUGUCAAAGGUUCUCAGUUUGAGGACUAAGAGACUUUUUGUAAGUGUUGCAUACAUUCUUAGAGGGGAAAAAUACCACUAGCCUGAAAUCAAAUUAGGCAGUGAGUGAUCCAGUGUGUUUAACUUUCUCAACUCCCCAAUAAAGCAGGAAGGAACUAUAGCUGCUUCUGUCCUUUCCUUUCUUUCCCUGUCCCAUCCCACCUCCACACUGCUGUGGAGAAUUCUUUUUUGUCCUGUUGCAGUUGGGAGAAGUGGACAUACCAAAGAACUGGUGGAGGAAUGGGCUUCUCACCCUGUCUCCUGCUUUAUUGUGGGCCUUCAAGGUAACACUCAUGGGUUUCCCCAACAGGCCAAUGAGCACUUCUCCAGCCUGUUUCAGGUCCAGAGAAUGGUGUGAGGGGAAAGUUGGAAUCCUUCUCCACACACAUCACCCUCUCAAUCUGUGUGCAUGGAGAGGAGAGCUCACAACUCCAUUUCAUUUUCACAUAGGAUGGGACCCAACCUGUGUAAGACUCAAGCAGCCUGGCAUCCCUGAGGUAAAUACUUGUUUGGAACUAAAUCAUGGUUGUAAUGCUAUAAGGGAUAAAAAGAGAGGUAGUGUAGCUAGGAAAGGGGAAAAAAUAACUUCUGGUUUUUUAAGGGUUUAUAAAUGAAAAUAAAGGUAAUAAUGAUAAUAGGUAGCUCUCCAGAUACUAUAGAAGUCAGUGCUUAAUUCAAAUUACAGGAAGGAAGAUGACAGCUUAGUGUAAAGACCUCUAAAAAUUCUGAAUGUCCUGUCCCUACUUAAUGAAUGUUACUCAGACAAAUGGUUAGUUAUACACUUCUAGGGCCAAAGAAUGUUGAUGGAAUAUCCAUAAGUAUUGUUAGUAGAAACCACCACCCUCCCUUUGUGCUGAAAUCUGAGUCUUGAGUGUUUUUAUAACAUUUGUAAAAGAAGCUUUUUGUCAAGAUUGUUCACAAUGUAUUAAUGCUUGCGCAUGUUUGAUGGCUCCCAUGUAAAACAAAUGUGGAUUAUACACACUGCUGAUCGUUGUGACCCUAGCUCAUGCGUUCUGGGUGUCUGAGGGGAAAAAUCACAUUGAUUUCAGUAUAAUCUAUCUAUUGGUGCCAAUCAGACUUUGAAUUUUAUUGGUAUAUCCACCAGACAGGGCAAGCACUUCAGAGUGUAUUACUGCUCAUAAUGUAUUCAGAAAUAGCAACACAAAUGCUAAUUACCCUCUUUUUUACUUUAUUAUUCAUGUGAGAAAUAUUUUUGUUACCUCAAAAUGGCCUUUUGAAAUUAACUUUUUGUGGGAUACACUUUCAGUUGAAAAUCUUACAGCAGCUAUUAUAUGUUAAGUAAGGAGAACAAAGCACUUUAUAUUAUCAGUGUGCUUUCAAAGUGUAUAAAUAAUACUGUAUGACAAUAUUAGGAUACAUUGCUAAGGACCAAAUUGCCCUUUAAGCCAAGAGAGGAUUGUCUGACAAUGAACAGAUUUCUGCUCUGAUGUUGCCUAUUUUAUUGGGGGGAAUGGGGAGAAAGAAACUGGUUCUCCUUGUAGUUAGAGGUGGCUCUAAGAUCCUGGCUCUCUUCACCCUCUUUUCUAUGCACUUUUGGGGACAAAAAAGCAGUGAAAUGGAAGCAAAAUAGCAAAAGGAUAAACAUAAAUUGAGAUUCUGAUUGCAGGAUAUAUCUUCCACUGUUUAAAUGAAAGUGCCUUAUUUGGGUGGGUCCAGACCAUUCUUUUAAAAGCUUUACCUACCAGACGGAAGAUUUAAAAAAAAAAUACCAAAGUUAACCAAAACUUCUGAUUGUGCUGCUUCUGAAUUUUGCUGUUUUUUGUUCCUUGUCAGAUAACCUUGCAGGCUGGCACUUAAGAUACUUCAGACCAAAAUAACCUCAGUGUCUGGGAUCCAGUGUUUACAUUACUAGGCGUACUGCUUACUACUAUGAGUAGCCUCAUUGAACCCAACAGAAUAGCCUGUCUUCAAAAGCUCUAUGUUUAAUUUACAAGUAUUUGCUGAAGUGUGGGACCUAAACUGGUUGUUUGGGGGAGAUAAGGCAAUGCUCCCCUGUAUGCUUAGGCUGUUAUGCAUCCAGCCUGUGUAUUAAUGUGCUGCAUUCUAAUAAAACCGUGUGUCUUAAAGACGAGGCACAGCUUUUCUGGAAGCCUUGCAGACUGGCGAGUGCCUGAGCUCUAAGGCUUUAAUAAACAGUGGGCUGGGACCUCGCGUAUAGGAAGACAGACGCUCCUGUGUUUUAAUGAGCAAUUUAUUGGAACUCUCCUAUGCAAUUUUAAAGAGUGUAUGUAUUUACAGAUCUUGGUGUUCUAUUUUUGCUCCUUGUAUCUUAUUUUCUGAUUUCAACUGAGUAACUACUCAUUAAAAGAAUCAAUAUUUUCA